GGUAAAAAGAGGAAUGAUCUUACAGGAAAGAGCUGGCAUGCAGGGACUACUAUAUAUAUAUAUAUAUAUAUAUAUAUAACCUUUAUAUAAUCGUAUAGCGUGGGUACCCGAAUGCAAAUGAAACGGAUUACAUUUGUUUAAAUAUCCAUCAGAUUUGAACAUACUGAUUAAUCGGUCAAUGACUGCUGGUCUUGUAUUUCAACACCAGAGGGCGCAAGAUCCUCAUGUUUUGGACAAGCGUCUUUGAGAGCUGUCCGCUGAAUUUUCCAUCGUAAACACCUUCGGUAAGUGAUGACAUCAUUGGGAGGGUAUAAUUUUGCCCGGCUUCCUGGCGUUAACAAGCCACAAAUCUUCAAAUGUACGCGUGUAAACAAAUCGUGAAGUUUAGAGUACAUAAAACAGACACGAUAUCCGUUCACGUUAGAGCCAACAGAUAUGCGUCCGCUGUUAAAAAUAUACGUGCUUGGUUUAUGAAGUAAAAUUAGUGUCGCAAGGGUCAAAACAGUGCUUUGGUGUAAAAUAAAUAACUCAAAGACGAUAUGAGGAGUAAGCGCUUCAGUGUUUCACGCAAUUGACCGCUCGGUACGGUGGCCUACCUAAUCAGCACACCUGAAUGCCGUCAAGCAGAUUGCUUUCCAGUACAGUUUGCAAAAAAGUCACGUCUCUCUCUCUCUCUCAUUCGUGGUCUCUCUCUCUCUCUCCAUCUAUGGAGCCCUCCCUCCCUCUCUCACUCACUCCCUGGCUGGUCCUAUCAUGAUAAUUGGUUCCAAUUUGAGAUCUUCCCAAUGACAUGAGCAAAAAAGCGGCUUCUCUGGGCUGCGGCGAGACCAUGAAAAAGAAAGCGAGCGGAUGCGGGAGCGGCCAGAGCAUCACAACGGGGGCCGCGGCCGCUAGUCACGCGAGUGGAAAAAGUAGCAAAGGCUGCUUCUCGUUCGUCUCCGCCGCUGCUGCGGGUCUGAAGCCCGGCGCGGGCAGCGCAGCCCUCAUGGACGAAGCGGAGGACGGCGAGGAGGAGCUCAAAUUCCAGCAACCUCGACUGCGCCGAGCCGGUGGAAGUGGCAGCAGCAGCAGCGGUGGGGGUGGCGGCGGCGGCGGUGGAGGCGGUAGUAUACGAAUGAAAAACUUCUCGUCGGGAGGGGGAGUCGCGUCGACGCAGAGCAAGAACUUCAACAACAACGAGCUCUGCCUAUUGCAAGGCGAGGGGACCGCACGUGCCACUUCCGUAACCACCCCAACUGCUGCGAGGUCUUGCCUGGGAGAUGGCGCCGGACGUGGAAGCGCGAACAGAGUUGGAGGCGGGGACGCGUGCACGGGCGUAGCGGUGACCGGUGUGACUACAAGUGCUUCGGGUGACGGUCGCGGGAGCGCGGCACCCAAUACUACAGACAUGAAAUGCAACAAAAACGGAGAAUGCCGGCGGGAUUCUGGCGUGACCGGGAGACAGAGCCCGGUCACAUCCAAGCAGGAGAAGCAGAGUGUCGAUGAAGUUGGAACUGGGGCUGGGAGUAAGCGACCUUCCUGCAACUCCACGGCCGCCAGUGCGGACGGCUCCACCGGCGGGUGCUUGGCACAGGGGCAGGGGGGCGAGACCGCUUGUCCCGGCAACGCUACUGCUCCGGCUGUCUCCGACAAAAAGGACUCCAAGGUCUCCUUCUCAAACGCGCCCAGUCGAAAAGCGUCUUAUGCUGUGCACGUCCCGGGCCAGACGCAGCAGCCCAGGAAUUCGGUCACGUUCCUGAAGUCCGAGGACGGGCCGCAGAUCGUGACCGAGGAUGGUGAGCCGAGAGGCAGCCAGGCUAGUUUCAUGCAGCGGCAGUUGAGCAGCAUGUUGCAGCCGGGAGUCAAUAAAUUCUCCCUGCGUAUGUUUGGAAGUCAAAAGGCGGUCGAAAGGGAACAGGAACGGGUUAAGUCCGCAGGCAAUUGGAUCAUUCACCCGUACAGCGAUUUCAGAUUCUACUGGGAUUUCACGAUGCUCAUGUUCAUGGUGGGCAACCUGAUCAUCAUCCCCGUGGGCAUCACCUUCUUCAAGGAGGAGACGACCACGCCCUGGAUAAUCUUCAACGUGGUCUCCGACACCUUCUUCCUGACGGACCUGGUGCUCAACUUCCGCACGGGCAUCGUCAUCGAGGACAACGCCGACAUCGUGCUGGACCCCGACAAGAUCAAGAUGAAGUACCUGAAGACGUGGUUCAUCGUGGACUUCGUGUCCUCCAUCCCGGUGGAUUACAUCGUCCUGAUCGUGGAGAGGGGGAUGGACUCGGAGGUGUACAAGACGGCCCGAGCCCUGCGGAUCGUGCGCUUCACCAAGAUCCUCAGCCUGCUGCGCCUCCUGCGGCUGUCCCGCCUCAUCCGCUACAUACACCAGUGGGAGGAGAUCUUCCACAUGACCUAUGACCUGGCCAGCGCCGUGAUGCGCAUCUUUAACCUGAUCGGCAUGAUGCUGCUGCUGUGCCACUGGGACGGGUGCCUGCAGUUCCUGGUGCCCAUGCUGCAGGACUUCCCCGAGGACUGCUGGGUGUCGCUCAACAGGAUGGUGAACGACUCCUGGAGCGAGCUGUACUCCUUCGCCGUGUUCAAGGCCAUGAGCCACAUGCUGUGCAUCGGAUACGGCCGGCAGGCCCCGGAGAGCCUGUCGGAUAUCUGGCUCACCAUGCUGAGCAUGAUCGUGGGCGCCACCUGCUACGCCGUCUUCAUCGGGCACGCCACCGCCCUCAUCCAAUCGCUGGACUCCUCCCGACGCCAGUACCAGGAAAAGUAUAAGCAAGUGGAGCAGUACAUGUCCUUUCACAAACUUCCGGCCGACUUCCGGCAGAAGAUCCACGACUACUACGAGCACCGGUACCAGGGCAAGAUGUUCGACGAGGAGAGCAUCCUGGAGGAGCUGAACGAGCCGCUGAGGGAGGAAAUCGUGAACUUCAACUGCAGGAAGCUGGUGGCGUCCAUGCCCCUCUUCGCCAACGCGGAGCCCAACUUCGUGACCGCCAUGCUGACCAAGCUGCGCUUCGAGGUCUUCCAGCCCCGGGACUACAUCAUCAGGGAGGGCACCAUCGGCAAGAAGAUGUACUUCAUCCAGCACGGGGUGGUGAGCGUGCUCACCAAGGGCACCAUGGGAAUGAAGCUCUCCGACGGCUCCUACUUCGGAGAGAUCUGCUUGCUGACGGGGGCGCGCACCGCGAGCGUUCGGGCGGAGACGUACUGCCGCCUGUUCUCGCUGUCCGUCGACAACUUCAACGAGGUGCUGGAGGAGUACCCCAUGAUGAGACGGGCCUUCGAGACCGUGGCCAUCGACCGGCUCGACCGCAUAGGUAAGAAGAACUCCAUCCUGCAGCACAAGGUGCAGCACGACCUCAACUCGGGCGUCUUCAACAACCAGGAGAACGAGAUGAUCCAGGAGAUCGUCAAGUACGACCGGGAGAUGGUGCAGCUGGUGGACCUGCAGCGCUCGCGGGCCAUGUCCAUGACCCCGCCCGCGCACGGGGGCAUCUUCGCCCCCCCCGGCCAGCCCCCCCCCGGCUCGGCCAUCGCCAGCCUCCAGCAGGCUGUGGCCAUGAGCUUCUGCCCGCAGGUGGUGAGCCCGCUGGUGGGGAGCCCGCUGGUGGGGGUGCCGCUGGGGGGCGGGGCGCUGGUGGGGGCGGGGCCCGUGCCCUCCCCCCGCAUGGUGCGCAGGUUCCAGGUGGUGCAGAGCCUGGCCAGCCCCGUUUCGGCCUCCCCCCUGCAGUGCCUGCAGUUCCCCCCCGGCGCCGCCGCCUUCGCCUCCGCCAUGUCCAGCCCGCCCGUCCAGAGCCCCCUGGCGGCCGGGGGGGGGCGGACCUUCCAGUACGGCUCGGCGGGAACCUCCGGCUCCCAACUCUCCCUGGUGCAGCACCACGCCCCCAGCCCCACCCCCCGCCCCGCCCCCCUCAAGAGCCCCCUCCCCCUGCAGGCUGGCGGCCUGGGUCAGGCCGGGGCCGCGCUCUCCGCCUCUCAGCUCUCCCUCCGCCAGGAGGGGGCCCCGCCCACCGCCCCAGGCCCUGCCCCUGCCAGCUCGCCCCCCUCGCCCCGCGUAUCCUUGGCCUCCACGGGACCCGCCCAAUCCCAGGCCCCUCCUGCCGUCGCCUCCUCCUCCUCCUCCUCCUCCGGACCCCCAGGGCUGAGGGGUACCCCCCAGCGCUCAUCCCUGUCCCACCAAACGGGGGCGGGGUCCUUUCCCCCCACGCCCCCCCCCUCCGAGGCUGCCCCCCAGGGCGGGAAGGGGCCCGGGACGCUGGACUCCGGCCCGUCCAGGAAGGGCUCGGCCGCCAGCCUCCCCGAAUCGGACCCGGCCAGAUCGCGGCUCUCUUCUCACUUGUGACCUCACAGAGUCCCCCGGGGGGGAGGAGCCAGCCGUCCUCCAGCCUUAAAGGAAUCCCCGCCCCCCUCCUCUUAGACCCCGCCCCCUUGACCCCUCCCAUCCCCGCCACGCCCACGGUCGUUCGAUCUGAAUGUAUUUGCGUUGCGACAGUGGCGAUGGGGGGGGGGGCAUACGGAACUCAAGAGAUGUGUAUGGCUCACGGCUGGUGGGUCAAUGGAUUAAUCAGACGAAUGCGGGGGGGGAGGGGGGGUUUGUGCAUUGCGACUCACCUGGACACGCAAACAGGACCUCUUCUGCAGUCCCUGUGUCAGAUGCUGCCUUCCUAAUUUGUUUUUCUUUAUUGUGAAACAUAUUCAAAAAGUGUAAUGUAUAACGUAGGUGUCAUAUGCUGUAUAAAACCCCAAAACAACGCGAUGGGGCCUGCGCAGGGCGGCGGUGACGACGGGGAAAUUUAACGCUUCGCAAAAAGAGUUUAUUUUUUGUGUGUGUGUGUGGUUUUCUUGUAGAAGCUAUCUUAGGUAAAUAGCGCUAGAGUUUUACUCACGACACUCACGCGUUUUACUCGCGCGUUUGAAGAAGCAGAAAAAAACAACAAACAAAAAAAAACAAUACAAUGAUGUUUUAGACCGCUGGUCGAUCUUAAGUCGCUGUGUACAUGUAAAACAGGAAGGGAGAAGUAAAUACUUAGCUUUCUUUUCAUUUUCUCCAGACCAAAGUGGAGCAGGAACACAAAGUCUGGUUUUCAACUGGAGGAAAAAAAAGAAAACAGAAGAAAAAAGGCCAUUUAUUUAACUGCCUUGAUUCUUGACUUUAGAAGCCAUAUUAUUGGUUCGCGUGUGUGUGUGUGUGUGUGUGUAUGUUUGUGUGUGCGUAUGCAUGUGUGUUUGUAUGUUGUAUGUUUUCUCUGUUUUAAAAAAAAAAAAAACAGAGUUGAGCAUUAUUUCUAUUACUUGAAUUCAUGUCUGGUCUGUUCUCAUUUCUUAAGAAGCUAUUGACACUGUAACUUGAGUUCUUACGAUCAAAUGUGUUUAUGAAUCGACGUAUGCAUGUAUAGCCCUAAAAAUGGAUAUGAAUAUUCUGCAAUACAUCCGCCCUGCCUUACAUAACGUACGUUGCUUUAAAUAUCUAUGGAAUUAUGUUUUUGUAGAAAUUAAGAAUACGUGUCUUUAUAUUGUCAUCUGUUGUAAGGUGUUGUGAUGUAGGGUCUUUGUAAAACUUUCCCUGAGAAGUAUGGCAGUUCUUCAGAAAGGUCUGGUAGGAGUUAAAACUCACGACAAAGUUUUUUGGUAUCAACCUUUGACUAAUUAACCGCAGUGGCUAAAGGUGUGGCUUCGCACUUUCGCAAAGCCUGUUUGAAAUUUCCUACGCGAAGAAGACUUUCAAUUCAAUUCGGCAGUUGGAUUUCCAUUUUGGUCUGCCUCAGUCAAAAAAGGGUUUUUGAUAGACGAUUCCACUUGAGCUGAAUUCAUCUGGCUGUAGGUUUCUUCCAGCCUCUCUAUGAAUGUUUUCAGCAGCUCAGGUGUGCUUCAUUUGAGGUAUUUGGUCAGUUCAAAGACUCACAAACAGCUGUAACCAACUGUAAAAAUCUCGGAAUUCUGUUCAGGAUGGUUUCAGCGUCUCGGACUAGCAUGGUUUUCCGGGCCGUUUGAGUUCCGUAAAUGCUCGUAAAACCGUUUGGGGAAACCCUUUUUUUCCAGGAAAACCUUUGAGGCAAAACAUUUAAAGAAUUUGCCAUGUUUUUGACGGACGUGUGUGUGUGUGUGUAGAAGUAGUAGUAUUGUACUAUUAUAGCACCAUUCCAAAGUAUGGACUGCUGGUCAAAGUCCUGUAUUCAAACGAACUUAUACUUUUUUUCCCCAUAAGUUUUGUUACGUUAACAUUCGUUUUGUUUUUUUAAAACUUUUUUUAAUGGAUUUUAGUCUUCUGAAGGUUGGGGUGACCUUGAAAUGAACUUCAGAUGUUGUGUUAAAGACACAUAAAGACAAACUCAACGCUUUAGAUUUAGAUUUAGAUUUGCCACAGACCUGUUUCAAAGGAGAUGCGUUCUCCAGAUCCCCCACCCCCCAUCCCCCACUAGCUGCUUCUCACUGAAGUUUUUCCCGCUCUCACUAACGGACACUUUUUAGAAUUCUACCGUUUGAAAGUUUGACGGACAGUUGCACUCUCCUGGCCCGCUUCCCGGGCCUUCUCAUGCUCGCGUUACACGACGCUGACAGAUGCUAGCGAUACGCUGCGCUCCUCGGAGCCGAGAAUCUGCUGCUCUCCUUCCCUCGCGCUGGAGCCCAGCUGGUCCCCGGUCCCAGAGGCAGCCUGUUUGAUCCUGGCCACUGAGCCUCGGGGGAAAGGUCAUGUCUUCAAAAAGCCGCGGCUCCAUAAAGUUCUCUUCUGUCGUAGACACAGCUUCAAACGCUCGUACUUUACCGUUGGUUAUCUUUCUGCUGCCGCUUCAGUGGCUUUGUUCUGAGUGCGGUCACCCACUCCCCCCCCCGCCCCCCACCGGAACCAACAUCUGAAGGUUGUUGGUUCACUCCCCCAGCUCAAUAAAAAAAAAAUUUUUUUUAAACCAAAGAAAUGCAAACUGUGUUCAUCACUUGCCUGUAUUUUUUUUAAAUCAAUGUUUAGGCUUCAGUUGGGUAUGAAUCCUGCAGUUAAAAUAUGGUUAAAAUAAUAGAUUAAAAUAAUGGAUUAAUUUCUUUGUUACUGAAAGCAGGGGUUCCCAAAUUUUUCAUACCCCCUAAAAUAGCCACCUCUAGUUGAGGACCUCCCUCCUUAAUGAUGGAUGCUUUUUGUCACUCCGUCUUUCGGAUGAGACGUUAAACCGAGGUCCUGACUCUCUGUGGUCAUUAAAGAUCCCAUGACACUUAUCGCUAAGAGUAGGGGGUUCCCCGGUGUCCUGGCCAAAUCCCAGAUCUGGCUCUCGCAAAAACUUGCCACUAAAAAAUCAUCCCCAGAUUUAAUUGGCUAAAUAAAUGUUCUCUCCCUCUCCAUCUUCGCUAAUGUGUGGUGAGCGUUCUGGCGCAAAAUGGCUGCCGUGCAUCACCCAGGUGGGUGCUACACAUUGGUGGUGGGUGAGGUGAGUUCCCCUUCACUGUAAAGCACUUUGAGCAUUUGGAAAAGUGCUAUAUAAAUGUAAUUAUUAAUAAUAAUAAUAAUAAUAAUAAUAAUACUUUAUCUGACUCCCACUAAAGGCUUCAAUGCAGUGGGUAUUUAGCACACUAAAACGUGGAAACAUCUCUAAAUCAUGAUGUCACGUCCUGUAUCUGCAUAUGUCAUUUCCUGUAAGACACAUGACUAUUUAUUUCUAUAUAUUUAGUACUAUGUAUAUACCCAUGAUAUGUAUCAAUGUUAUUUUUUUUAUUCGGAGGAUGAAUAGAAUGUAGAAUUUCUGAAAUAUGUGAAUAUAAACACAAAUAUUCCCAAAAAGGGGAAGACAUUUUCCAAUUUUAUUGUGGAAAUUUACGGUAAUCUGGCAGUUCUGUCAGGGUCUCUGGGAGGCUCUAGAUCUCAGUUUGGGAACCCCUGCCAGACAAUCCCCACCGUGAUGGAGAUUAGCCCUGGAUCACAUUUCGGAAAAAGACUGCGGGACACUCUGAAAGGGUGAGGAUUCCUAUCUUGUGCGAAACGAACAGACCUAGCCGCCGUGCUUACGUAUUAAGCAUCGCUGUUAAAUUGAGGAUUUUUCUUCGCCAUCGUCGAUCACACGCCUAGUCGAAACUUAGUCCUAUUCGCGAGUGACACGUGUGGAUUUAUCACUGUUGCCGUGGAUACGUUGCAAUACUUAGUUGAUUUUGGUUUUGUGCAAAGGAGAAAAAACGUACGAACGGAUGCAAGUUGCAUGUUGAAUAUUCCAGUAUUUUACAAUAACGUUAAAUGGUGAUAUUGUAUGUCGUAUUAAUAGUUCAGAUUAGAGUGUAGUUAAGUAACAGUCAGAUUUAGUUUAAUUUCUAUUGUAUAGUUUUUAAAAAUAAGCAAACUGUUUUUAACAAACAGUGACAUGAAAACAUGAAACAGCUGUGCCAUCACAUACGAUUACUGGCUGGAGUCCAGUCAGUGUAUAAAGCAGUCGGGUUGUACUUGCCUUCUCCUUUGCAUUAACUCAAACAUCAUCUUAACAAAAUAAAGUUUUUUAGCUACUUGCUCACAUUUCUUUCUAGCCACCCCGUUGUUACCAGCACAUAUUAAUGUUUAAAAAUAACUAUUUCACCCAUUUUCAUUUUUUGAAGUGCAAUAUGACCGUGUAUGUGUAGAACUUAUGUGUAUCAAUCCUGUGGGGACCCCUUCAAAAUGUUUUUCUUUUGUCUCUUCGUGUGACUCACCUUUGCAAUAAGGCCUACUCAAUAAUUCUUUAUUAUUAUCUAAUUUAUUAUUACCUUUUUUUUUACUAUUGAUUUCAUCAAGUGACCUCAGAGGGUUGAAGUCAUGUAUUCAGAUUUUCUUGUUUUUUUGUUUGUUUUUUUUUUUAGAAAUGCAAAGUGCCUCCCUGUUACUGCUGAUAUGAUUUUGGUUGUGGGAGAAAGUUUGGGUGUUUUUUCCAGAGAGCAGUUUGUGUUUCUGGGAGAGGUUUGUUCACAGGGUCUCACGUUUAAAUUUUUUAUACAUUUUCCUGUGUUGGAAUUUGUGCCAAGUGGAGAAUUUUGCUGUAAACCUGCGCUGAACACAGUAUAGAUAAGAUCACAUCUCUCCACGUCUCAUAACCCUCGCUGCUUUUAAUCAUUAUUUAUAUGUCUGUUUAUUUGACGCCUUGAAUAAGCUGUAAUAAACUUGAUCAAUGGA